AUAAUUAAGAAAGUUUAAAAUAUGAAAUUUUUUUAUAAAAAAUAAAGUGUUGUUUUCUUAUAUAAAAAUUCGAGUCAAUGUCGGAGAAGAAUAUCCUAACCAUCGAUAAUAUCAAUCCCAGAUUACUGAAGAAAAGCUUCGCUGUUAGGGGUCCAUUAGAUCUGAGAGCCUGUGAAAUCUGGAGUUUGCUAAAAUCAAACAACGAGAAAAGUGGUAGCGAAAAUCCGCCAAAAUUCAAAUUUAACGAAACGAUCAUAGCUACCCUGGGAGAUGGGCACGCGUUGGGUAUGAAACCCAUAACUUUUAUUAGACAAAUUAUGGCUCUGUGCACCUAUCCUGGUUUACUCGACGAUCAUUUUAUAAAAUGGUGUAAAAUCUUUCCUCCCGAUGUUAUCAGGAGGGUAGAAACAUUGCUUGACGAAUUCCCUGGUGGAUGUAUAGGCUCUUACUCUCCCAGCCCGGGGUAUGAAUUAGUGCGAAAGAACAUAGCCAGGUUCAUAGACAGAAGGGAUAAUCUUAAUGAUAGCAAUGUGAUCGAUUGUUCGACUUACGGUAUCACCACGAAUGGUUGUUCUUCCGUAAACCAAUCUUAUAAUGGCAAAAAAUCUUCCGGGAAAUUCCCCGAAUGUGAUUGGAAGACUGUAUUUGUCAGUUCGGGAGCCACGGACGCGAUUAAAAACUUUUUAGCCUUAUUCAUCCAGGCAUCGAAUGACGACCAGAGACCAAACGAAUUCUUCAAGAGUGGCAUAAUGACACCCAUCCCUCAGUAUCCUAUAUAUUCGAUCAUUAUAGCCGAGUACGACAUGUUGGAAUUAAACUAUUACUUGAACGAGAAAACUGGAUGGGGAAUCAAUAUCCCGGAACUCCAAGAACUUUACCAGCGCGCUUUAGAACAGAACUGCCAGCCCAGAGUGUUAAUCAUAAUUAAUCCAGGGAAUCCUACAGGUCAAAUACUAUCGCUCGACGAUAUGAUAAAGAUAUUGCGAUUCGUUCACGAGCACAAACUCUUCCUGUUAUGCGACGAGGUCUAUCAACAUAACGACUAUUAUGAUACUGACGACGUGGGUUGGAGAUCCUUCAGAAGAGUUUUAUACGAAGAAACCCCUGAUAUUUCUGAUGAGGUUGAAAUGGCUUCCCUGUAUUCUAUAUCUAAAGGAUACGCUGGAGAGUGUGGAAUCAGAGGAGGUUACAUACAAUUUACCAACGUUUCCGCCGAUAUUUUGGACGUAUUCCUUCAAAUGGCCCUGUCCCAUUUAUGCCCGACUACUUUGGGACAGGUUGCUUUGGAUUGUGUAGUAAAUCCACCAAUCCCAGGGGAGCCUUCUUUCGUUACCUACGCGCAGGAAAAAGAUUCAAUUUUGAAUGCUCUGAACUUAAAAGCUAAACUGAUCAAUUCCAGAUUGGCUAAGGGAGUAGUGGAGGGAAUAGAAAUGAAUCCCAUCCAAGGGGCCAUGUACGCUUUUCCGAAAAUCUUUUUGCCUUACAAAUUCAUUCUGCAUGCCAAAAAAAUUAAUAAGAAGGCCGAUUUUUUAUUCGCCGAGAUGCUGUUGGAGGAAAAAGGUUUAGCGCUUUUACCCGGUUCCGGUUUCGGCUGUAACAAACAUGGCGACACUUGGCGCGAAAAAUCUUACCCGUUUCAUUUCAGAAUAACCAUUUUACCGGAAAUAUCGAAAUUGGAGAGGUUUUUAAACAUAUUGAUAGAGUUUUACCAGGAUUUAAGGAUCACCUGGGAAACAACGAAUAGAUAAGUCCUCAUGAGUACCCGUCAUUUUAUUGAUUAGUUGUCAUUAUUACAAAUGUAUUUUUAUAAUCUUUUUCAAUUUUUUUUUUAUUUUUGAGCACCAAAGCCCCUUUUUAAAAAAAGUUUAAUCGUUCUUUACUACCUUUAUUUUAAAUUUAAUAUAUUUUUAUAUAAUAUUUGAUUUGAAAAUGAUGAAAAACACCUUCCACAAAAAUAAAUCAUGUUUUUAGUUAGU